AUGCGGGCAGUCUUAAUCUAUCUUGUUCUUCUACACUCUAUGUUCUUCACUGACGAUUCGUCAGCUCAGUUGGAUGCAGAUGGAAACGUUGUGCUCAGUGGUCAGAACCCGAAUUACGCUAGAACAGCGUACGGACCUUAUAAUCCAUACUAUCCA